GCCGCCGUCUCGCCCGCCACCGCCCCGCGCUUGCGGCUGCUCGAGCUGGACGGGCUGGCCCUCUGCCCCGGCGACGCGGGCUGCGACUGGCCGAUGUUCCCCGACCCCGAGGACAGCACCGGGCGGUACGUGGCGGACCUCCGCGCUGUGCUGCGCUCCAACCCCAAGCUGCACGUGGCCGGGCCGAGGGUCUGCGACGAGUGCCGCCAGAACGGCUGCUUUCGCAAGCUGCAGUGCGCCUCGUGCUGGGUCGACGGCCGCCAGGUCCCGGUGCGCAGGCGGGACUACCCAGGCAGCAGUGUCGGCCUCUUCGGGCUCUACAGCCACGACAGCGACGAGCCGUGUGACUUGCACACCGGACGCAGAGUGUGGGCCAAGCUGGAAGAGCCACACGAAGAUGGACAACUUUAGAUAGACUUGUCCCCUUUUGCUAAGUAACCACAUCCGUUAGAUGACCUCUUCACUUAUGUGGACACCUUAAAUACAAGGACACAUGAUUGUUUUCCAAGAAAUUCACUUAUUUUUAAUGUUUUUCUUCUUUUUAUUUGAACGACAAAAUCUGCCUGAGACAAUAAUUUCUUUUGCGACGUGUCAUGGCUGAUGCAGAAAGCUAACCUUUUUUUUUGAUGUCGUACUUGCAGAUUGCUUUGUACCCAGUCUUUUACCAGCUGGUAAAUUGUAAUGCUUUGACUGAUUUACUUGUAAGUCUGUAACCAUCAUUUUUGACUAGCUGUGCAUAUGUGACUAAUGUAGGCCAGAGCCGUACAUUGGGCCGUACAAUGUACAGCUCUGAUGUUGGCCAGUGGGAUGUGCAGGGCUUCGUGUUAAUUGUUCGAGUUGGAAUCAAUUAUGUUGACACAUUUUUCGUAAAAUAAAGCAGAAAUUGCUUUUUUCUGAAUUUGUAA